GGUGGCAAUCUCCCCAAUCCCCUUAAAAGCGAGGCGGGGUGGCAAGCAGGAGAGGGGGAAGGCUGGGGGACCGGGGAGGAGGAUGGAAACGCUACUAUUCAUCCCGAGCGACCCUCCCCGGAAGAGUUGGAAGGGGAACGGGAAAGGAGGGCGAGGAGCCCAGGCUGGCGGCGGGGCGCCAACGAACGCUGCUGCCACCCGCUUCCCAGGGACUUGUUUAAAGGGCUCCGGCUGCGGAGACGUGAGCGGAUCACAGCGGGAGAAGCCUGAGCUGACGCGCAGAGGAGGCGGCGGCCGCUGCCGCGGGGCCGCGUUACUCUACUGACUGGCAGAGACAGGAGAAGUAGAUGUCCACACCCACAGACCCUGGUGCGAUGCCCCAUCCAGGGCCUUCGCCAGGGCCCGGACCUUCCCCUGGGCCAAUUCUCGGACCUAGUCCAGGACCAGGACCAUCCCCAGGUUCCGUCCACAGCAUGAUGGGGCCAAGUCCUGGACCUCCAAGUGUUUCCCAUCCUAUGCCCACAAUGGGGUCCACAGACUUCCCACAGGAAGGCAUGCAUCAAAUGCAUAAGCCCAUCGAUGGUAUGCAUGACAAGGGGAUUGUAGAAGACAUCCAUUGUGGAUCCAUGAAGGGCACCGGUAUGCGACCACCUCACCCGGGCAUGGGCCCUCCCCAGAGUCCAAUGGAUCCACAUAGCCAAGGUUAUCUGUCGCCGCACCCAUCUCCGCUGGGAGCCCCAGAGCACGUCUCCAGCCCGAUGUCUGGAGGUGGCCCAACUCCACCUCAGAUGCCACCAAGCCAGCCAGGGCCCCUCAUCCCGGGUGAUUCACAGGCCAUGAGCCAACCCAACAGAGGUCCCUCACCUUUCAGUCCCGUCCAGCUGCAUCAGCUUCGAGCUCAGAUUUUAGCUUACAAAAUGCUGGCCCGAGGCCAGCCCCUCCCUGAAACGCUGCAGCUUGCAGUCCAGGGGAAAAGGACGUUGCCUGGCAUGCAGCAACAACAGCAGCAGCAGCAGCAGCAACAGCAACAGCAACAGCAGCAGCAGCCGCAGCAGCAGCAGCAGCAGCAGCCACCACAACCACAGACGCAGCAACAGCAGCCGGCCCUUGUUAACUACAACAGGCCAUCUGGCCCGGGGCCGGAGCUGAGCGGCCCGAGCACCCCGCAGAAGCUGCCGGUGCCCGCGCCCAGCGGCCGGCCCUCGCCCGCGCCCCCCGCAGCCGCGCAGCCGCCCGCGGCCGCUGUGCCCGGGCCCUCGGUGCCGCAGCCGGCCCCGGGGCAGCCCUCGCCCAUCCUUCAGCUGCAGCAGAAGCAGAGCCGCAUCAGCCCCAUCCAGAAACCGCAAGGCCUGGACCCGGUGGAGAUUCUGCAGGAGCGGGAAUACAGACUUCAGGCUCGAAUAGCUCAUAGAAUACAAGAACUGGAAAAUCUGCCUGGCUCCUUGCCACCAGAUUUACGAACCAAAGCAACCGUGGAACUGAAAGCACUUCGGUUACUCAAUUUCCAGCGUCAGCUGAGACAGGAGGUGGUAGCCUGCAUGCGCAGGGACACGACCCUGGAGACGGCUCUCAACUCCAAAGCAUACAAACGGAGCAAGCGCCAGACUCUGAGAGAAGCUCGCAUGACUGAGAAGCUGGAGAAGCAGCAGAAGAUUGAGCAGGAGAGGAAACGCCGUCAGAAACACCAGGAAUACCUGAACAGUAUUUUGCAACAUGCAAAAGAUUUUAAGGAAUAUCAUCGGUCUGUGGCUGGAAAGAUCCAGAAGCUCUCCAAAGCAGUGGCAACGUGGCAUGCCAACACUGAAAGAGAGCAGAAGAAGGAGACAGAGCGGAUCGAAAAGGAGAGAAUGCGGAGACUGAUGGCUGAAGAUGAGGAGGGCUAUAGAAAACUGAUUGAUCAAAAGAAAGACAGGCGUUUAGCUUACCUUUUGCAGCAGACUGAUGAGUAUGUAGCCAAUCUGACCAACCUGGUUUGGGAGCACAAGCAAGCCCAAGCAGCCAAAGAGAAGAAGAAGAGAAGGAGGCGGAAGAAGAAGGCUGAAGAGAAUGCAGAGGGUGGGGAGUCCGCCCUGGGGCCGGAUGGAGAGCCCAUAGAUGAGAGCAGCCAGAUGAGCGACCUCCCGGUCAAAGUGACUCACACGGAAACCGGCAAGGUUCUGUUCGGACCAGAAGCACCCAAAGCAAGUCAGCUGGAUGCCUGGCUGGAAAUGAAUCCUGGUUAUGAAGUUGCCCCUAGAUCCGACAGUGAAGAGAGUGAUUCUGAUUAUGAGGAGGAGGAUGAGGAAGAAGAGUCCAGUAGGCAGGAAACUGAAGAGAAAAUACUUUUGGAUCCAAAUAGUGAAGAAGUUUCUGAGAAGGAUGCUAAGCAGAUCAUAGAGACAGCUAAGCAAGACGUGGAUGAUGAAUACAGCAUGCAGUACAGUGCCAGGGGCUCCCAGUCCUAUUAUACUGUGGCUCAUGCCAUCUCGGAGAGGGUGGAGAAACAGUCCGCCCUCCUCAUUAACGGGACCCUAAAGCAUUACCAGCUCCAGGGCCUGGAAUGGAUGGUUUCCCUGUAUAAUAACAAUUUGAAUGGAAUCUUAGCUGAUGAAAUGGGGCUAGGAAAGACCAUACAGACCAUUGCACUCAUCACUUAUCUGAUGGAGCACAAAAGACUCAAUGGCCCCUAUCUCAUCAUUGUUCCCCUUUCGACUCUAUCUAACUGGACAUAUGAAUUUGACAAAUGGGCUCCUUCUGUGGUGAAAAUUUCUUACAAGGGUACUCCUGCCAUGCGUCGCUCCCUUGUCCCCCAGCUACGGAGUGGCAAAUUCAAUGUCCUCUUGACUACUUAUGAGUAUAUUAUAAAAGACAAGCACAUUCUUGCAAAGAUUCGGUGGAAAUACAUGAUAGUGGAUGAAGGCCACCGAAUGAAGAAUCACCACUGCAAGCUGACUCAGGUCUUGAACACUCACUACGUGGCCCCCAGAAGGAUCCUCUUGACUGGGACCCCGCUGCAGAAUAAACUCCCUGAACUCUGGGCCCUCCUCAACUUCCUCCUCCCCACAAUUUUUAAGAGCUGCAGCACUUUCGAACAAUGGUUUAAUGCUCCAUUUGCCAUGACUGGUGAAAGGGUGGACUUAAAUGAAGAAGAAACUAUAUUGAUCAUCAGACGUCUGCAUAAGGUAUUAAGACCAUUUUUACUAAGGAGACUGAAGAAAGAAGUUGAAUCCCAGCUUCCAGAAAAAGUGGAAUAUGUGAUCAAGUGUGACAUGUCAGCUCUGCAGAAGAUUCUGUAUCGCCAUAUGCAAGCUAAGGGGAUCCUUCUGACAGAUGGUUCUGAGAAAGAUAAGAAGGGGAAAGGAGGUGCUAAGACACUUAUGAACACUAUCAUGCAGUUGAGAAAAAUCUGCAACCACCCAUAUAUGUUUCAGCACAUCGAGGAAUCCUUUGCUGAACACCUAGGCUACUCAAAUGGGGUCAUCAAUGGGGCUGAGCUGUAUCGGGCCUCAGGAAAGUUUGAGCUACUUGAUCGUAUUCUGCCAAAAUUGAGAGCGACUAACCACCGAGUGCUGCUUUUCUGCCAGAUGACAUCUCUUAUGACCAUCAUGGAAGAUUAUUUUGCUUUUCGGAACUUCCUUUACCUACGCCUUGAUGGCACCACCAAGUCUGAAGAUCGUGCUGCUUUGCUGAAGAAAUUCAAUGAACCUGGAUCCCAGUAUUUCAUUUUCUUGCUGAGUACAAGAGCUGGAGGCCUGGGCUUAAAUCUUCAGGCAGCUGAUACGGUGGUCAUCUUUGACAGCGACUGGAAUCCUCAUCAGGAUCUGCAGGCCCAAGACCGAGCUCACCGCAUCGGGCAGCAGAACGAGGUCCGGGUGCUGAGGCUCUGUACCGUGAACAGCGUGGAGGAAAAGAUCCUGGCGGCCGCAAAAUACAAGCUGAAUGUGGAUCAGAAAGUGAUCCAGGCAGGCAUGUUUGACCAAAAGUCUUCAAGCCACGAGCGGAGGGCAUUCCUGCAGGCCAUCUUGGAGCAUGAAGAGGAAAAUGAGGAAGAAGAUGAAGUGCCAGACGAUGAGACUCUGAACCAAAUGAUUGCUCGACGAGAAGAAGAAUUUGACCUUUUUAUGCGGAUGGACAUGGACCGGCGGAGGGAAGAUGCUCGGAACCCGAAACGCAAGCCCCGCCUAAUGGAGGAGGAUGAACUGCCCUCUUGGAUCAUUAAGGAUGACGCCGAAGUAGAAAGACUCACCUGUGAGGAAGAGGAGGAGAAAAUAUUUGGGAGGGGGUCUCGCCAGCGCCGUGACGUGGACUACAGUGAUGCCCUCACAGAGAAGCAGUGGCUAAGGGCCAUUGAAGACGGCAAUUUGGAGGAAAUGGAAGAGGAAGUGCGGCUUAAGAAGCGAAAAAGACGAAGAAACGUGGAUAAGGAUCCUGCCAAAGAAGACGUGGAAAAAGCUAAGAAGAGAAGAGGCCGCCCUCCUGCUGAGAAAUUGUCACCCAAUCCCCCCAAACUGACAAAGCAGAUGAAUGCUAUCAUCGAUACUGUGAUAAACUACAAAGAUAGUUCAGGGCGACAGCUCAGUGAAGUCUUCAUUCAGUUACCUUCAAGGAAAGAAUUGCCAGAAUACUAUGAAUUAAUUAGGAAGCCAGUGGAUUUCAAAAAAAUCAAGGAAAGGAUUCGUAACCACAAGUACCGGAGCCUGGGCGACCUGGAGAAGGAUGUCAUGCUUCUCUGUCACAACGCUCAGACGUUCAACCUGGAGGGAUCCCAGAUCUAUGAAGACUCCAUCGUCUUACAGUCAGUGUUUAAGAGUGCCCGGCAGAAAAUUGCCAAAGAGGAAGAGAGUGAGGAUGAAAGCAAUGAAGAGGAGGAAGAAGAAGAUGAAGAAGAGUCAGAGUCUGAAGCAAAAUCAGUCAAGGUGAAAAUCAAGCUCAAUAAAAAAGAUGAGAAAGGCCGGGACAAAGGGAAAGGCAAGAAAAGGCCAAACCGAGGAAAAGCCAAACCUGUAGUGAGCGAUUUUGACAGCGAUGAGGAGCAGGAUGAACGUGAACAGUCAGAAGGAAGUGGGACUGAUGAUGAGUGAUCGAUAUGGACCUUUUUUCCUUGGUAGAACUGAAUUCCUUCCUCCCCUGUCUCAUUUCUACCCAGUGAGUUCAUUUGUCAUAUAGGCACUGGGUUGUUUCUAUAUCAUCAUCAUCUAUAAACUAGCUUUAGGAUAGUGCCAGACAAACAUAUGAUAUCAUGGUGUAAAAAACACACACAUCCACAGAUAUUUGUAACAUAUUGUGACCAAAUGGGCCUCAGAGAUUCAAAGAUUGAAACAAACGAAAAAGCUUUUGAUGGAAAAUAUGUGGGUGGAUAGUAUAUUUCUAUGGGUGGGUCUAAUUUGGUAACGGUUUGAUUGUGCCUGGUUUUAUCACCUGUUCAGAGAAGAUUUUUGUCUUUUGUAGCACUGAUAACCAGGAGAAGCCAUUAAAAGCCACUGGUUAUUUUAUUUUUCAUCAGGCAAUUUUUGAGGUUUUUAUUUGUUCGGUAUUGUUUUUUUACACUGUGGUACAUAUAAGCAACUUUAAUAGGUGAUAAAUGUACAGUAGUUAGAUUUCACCUGCAUAUACAUUUUUCCAUUUUAUGCUCUAUGAUCUGAACAAAAGCUUUUUGAAUUGUAUAAGAUUUAUGUCUACUGUAAACAUUGCUUAAUUUUUUUGCUCUUGAUUUAAAAAAAAGUUUUGUUGAAAACGCUAUUGAAUAUUGCAAUCUAUAUAGUGUAUUGGAUGGCUUCUUUUGUCACCCUGAUCUCCUAUGUUUCCAAUGUGUAUCGUCUCCUUCUCCCUAAAGUGUACUUAAUCUUUGCUUUCUUUGCACAAUGUCUUUGGUUGCAAGUCAUAAGCCUGAGGCAAAUAAAAUUCCAGUAAUUUCCAAGAAUGUGGUGUUGGUGCUUUCCUAAUAAAGAGAUAAUUUAGCUCAACAAA